UUUUUUUUCUCUCUCUCUUGUUCCUUAUUCUCUCCUUUUCAUACCCCUCCUCUCCUUUCCUUUAUGACAUUCCUUUAUUCAACUAGAUCACUUAAACGUAAUCGAUUAUUGAAAAAGAUAUCCAUGAUAUGUCUUGUGCUAUCAUUGGUCUUUCUUUUUUAUCUUGCUAAAAAUGGUCCUGACAAUGAACUCCGCCUUUCUUCUUCUUUCUCUUCCUCCAUUCAACAUCAACGUUAUCAUUUGCACGACAACGAUCAAGUCCAGUUUAGUCAAAACCAAGAUGAAGAAGUAGAAAUAGACGUCACUGUACCUCGUCAUGCUCUUUUGGAUACUAUACGAAAAGCUAAGCAGGAUCGUUUAUCACGAACAAAGAAUACUCUUCCUCCUGUUUUACCUGAUCGACCUAAACAACCAUCAUUAUCACCGACAACAACAAUAACAACAAUACCUGAAGACAAGGUAUUCAAAUCAAGUAGAGAUGAUCUUUAUUUACCAUUAGGUGAUGGCAAGGAUCCAAAUGAAAAAUACCUUGGCUUUUAUCCACAUUCUGGCUUCCACAAUCAACGUAUAGCUUUGGUGAAUGCUUUGAUGCUGGCUGAACGAUUGAACCGUACGCUACUUGUACCUCCUGUGAUGUUGGGCAAUCCUAUUCACUGGCGUAAACAUGAUUCUCUGGACUCUUACCACCGACGUACAUCCAAAGCACGACUCACACACUGUCAAUCCUAUUUGAACCCUCAAGGCAAAGUAGCGAACGAUUCAAUCACCAUUCCGGAUGACUGUCAACUAUCAUUCAAAUAUACCAGUUUGCGAUGGGAUCGACUCUUUGAUUUGGACAACAUUAAACAACGUGUACGAAUUCGAUAUAGGGAUGAUUAUGAACGAACUUAUUUGGAACGCUACUACAACAUCAGUCGCGCCGACACAUAUUAUAUAAAGGAUGAUGUGUUGUAUGAUUAUCGGAUUGUGGAGGCAAAUCGUUUGAACAGCUCAAAACCAGUGACAGUGGGCAAGUAUCAGAGAAUCAUCACGGUACAAGAAUUGGAAGAAAGAUCAGAACGCAUGCUCAGCUUUGGAUCUUUAUUCGGCAACGGACGUGUUAUUGUCAAUAAUCAGAUGGCUACGCUCGAUUAUUUCAAUCGUCAAUUGAUAUUCCAACGAAGUGCAUUACCUGGCCUUUUUGAUGAAAUGGAUCGUAUGUUACAUCUUCUUGGUGGACCUUCCUCUUAUAUUGCUAUUCAUGCUCGUGUUGGUGACAGUAUUUUUGAACGAUAUGCUCCUCAAGUGAUGGAAAAACUAUGGUCUGAUUUACAAAUAUAUGUACCUCUUUUAAAACAACAACAACCUAUGAAACAUAAUGAUCGAUGUUAUCAAACUGAUGAUGAUCUAGGUCCUGCCAUUGAUUGGGACAAACAAGUGAUACUGGAUAAGCGACCUUUGGUGAUGUUUAUGGCCACGGAUACCCCUCGACCUCACGAACAUGAACUUUUCCAAAACAUCUAUGAUACCUUCCCUUGUAUUGUUACUUUGAAUGAUCUAUUUGAUUUUGAUACUUCUCCCUUGGCAACAAUGAUCAACCCUGAAGAUGGUGUGAAUUAUGGCAAAUUCUUGAUUCCCUUUUUGGAUGGUUUGAUGGCAAGUCGUGCACAAUCCUUCUCUGGUUCCAUGUGGAGUACUUUUAGUAAAUAUAUUCAAUUCUUACAUAACGUUUAUACUACUUCACAUUAGUUUUUUUUUUUUAUUAUUUUUAUUGUUAUUCCCCCCUUCUUUUGUAUCAUAUCUUACCCAUCCCCUCUCACCGCAUUGUCAUUUUUAUG